UAUAUAUAUAUAUAUAUAUAUAUAUACGUGCGCAUGCGUCAUUCCUAGCGUUAUUAGCGCCUAGUGGUACUAGAAAUGUAGCAUGCCUCGGUAUAGCGUGAUGUGGAGGGAAUGCGCAUAAGAAGUUUUACAUAUAUGCGUAUAGAUAGGCCUAGAAGCGCGCGCGGUUUUGCUUUCCGUCUAAAUUUAAUCUUUUUCUCGUGUCCUUUUAUCAAUUUUUACUGUGUCGUUUUCGUUACUCCGUAUCCUACACGUGUUGAUAAAAUAUUUCUUUGCAACUCGUGCGCAACAGGCAUUGAUACUGUGCAAUUAAUACCUGUGCAAUUUGAAAUAUGUAUUGUGUGGCUGAAUUUAUUAAAACUGCAGAGACGGAAGUUGUACCAACAAAAUGGGUUAAUAAACAAGGUACUAACAAGGAACGUUUGGCAACCCGAAAAUUCAAAAAAUUCUGAAAUUUGGUGUACACAUAGAGGAGUUCAUCCGUAACACAAAAAUAUUUUUUGUUGGUGCCCAAUUUCAGUUUAAGGGGGUGAAACAUCCCUUUGA